AUGUCCACCGACACCUCCAAACCCGCCCGCCUCCCGGUAACAGUCGAAAAACCCACCCCCUACACCUUCGACCUAGGUCUCCUCCUCGCAAACGACCCGAACCCAGUCAACGUCCCCAAAACCACCGACACCCAAGUUCUCGAGCAACACCUCGCCUCGGUCGCGCGCGACGGCGCUCAGGUCCUGAUCAACCAGCUGCUCACCACAACCACCAUAACCGCCACCAAGGACGGCGUCCUCCUAACCCUGCCCCCUCCCACAACCCCUCUCCCCCGCGAAAAACCCGUCCCGCAACCCAAGCCCGAGACCAAAUGGCAAGCUUUCGCGCGGCGCAGGGGAAUCAAGCCCAAGACGAGGGAGCAGCGGCGCAACCUGCAGUACAACCCGACUACGGGGCAGUGGGAGCGGAAGUGGGGGUACAAGGGGGCGAACAAGCGGGGGGAGACGGAUCCCAUCAUCGAGGUCAGCGCGGCGAAGGAGGCAAUGCGGCCGGAGGGGACGAGCGUGCGGGGGGACAAGCGGCGGGAGAUCAGGGCACGGGUCAAAAAGAAUCAAAAGCAGAUGCUGCGGAAUCAGAGGAUUGCGGCCGAGAAGAUGGGGAAGAAAUGA